UAUCACAGGUGCCGCCACCAAGCCGGAAACAUUUGGCGGGUGCACCAGAAAAUGGUGCUAGCGGAGUUUAGGACCCAGAGGAAACCUCAGAGAGAAGCUGCGGAAACCAGAGGAAUCUGGUGAGGGAUCUGUUCGGCGGGCUUUGGACUCAUAUGCCCAGAUCAUUACCCCAGGCCUUUGGAUGACUAAUCCAGUACAAAACCAGUUGGCUACCCUUACCAUAAAUACAUUUGGCUGCUUAUCCUGCUCGUUGGCAUCACUGUUGCUGGACCCCUGGAGAUUCCUAGACUUGGCACCAAAAUCAAAAUAACAUCAGAAAAAGUAAACUCCACGCCACAGAGAUCACUGGAUAUUUCUGGCAAGCUUUCUUAAAGGAAUUCAGAAUUCAGUACGAAGAGCAGGUAGAGGAAGGAAUCCAGGGAAGCAGUUUUGAUAUGCCGCAGUUUAUGAAUUUCUGCACAAGCCAACAGUGAAAUAAGUCCAGCGGCAGUAAAAAAAAAACGAAUGCAGAUUGGCAACAGACUCUUAAAUCUACAAAUCUAAAAUGGAACCAGAAGAGCCAGUGACUAUGCAGAAAUUAGCAGGCAGAAUUACAGUUUACACCAUUACAGGAUGUCUUCAUUGUCUUCGUACCAAGUCUCAUUUGACUGAAAUGGGUCUUCCGUUCAUUGAAGUCAAUAUAAAGGAAAAUCCUGUGAUACACCAGCAGAUUAUCAAUUACACUGGACGUCUUACUGUACCACAGAUCUACUUUAACAACAUCCAUGUUGGUGGAAACAACGAUUUCAUGAAUUUGUCCCAAGAAGAGCUUGCCAGGCUGAUUGAUACAGUUAAGAAUAAUCCAGUACCUCCUGAUGCACCUCCAAUCCCUGAACCAGAAACAGAUGAAGGAGAAGAACCAGUAGAAGAAUUGAAAAGUGAAAGAGAUGAAUAUGCAGAAUUGGUCUUGGAAUUCAAGGAAAGUGGUAUUAUUGGCAGCCAUUGGUCUUGUCUGAAAAUUCAUCAAAACACUUUCACUGGGAAGAAAUUAGUCGACUGGCUGAUGCAAUACAAAGACCUGGACAAAACUGCAGCUGUUGACAUGGCAAAAGAUUUGACAGCCAGAAAGUUUUUAAAUCCUUUGAGCGGAAAAGGAUUUGAAGACAGCGAUGCUCUAUACAGAUUGGUAGAGCAUGACUCUGCUGCAUCAUUAAACGCUGGAGCCACAGCAGAAUAUAACCCCAUUUCUGCUUCUAAACAUUCUGAAGCUAUGAGAGACUUAACUCUGAAGCUGUUCUCAGAACACAUUACACCUGAUGGCAAGCUUGUAGAUUACAAAUCCAUGAAGAGAAGUACAACUUUUGAUGAGUACUGUCAACUUGCAACACAGCUACAGCGGGUGGAUCUUGAAAAUCUCACUAGGAAAGAGAAACUAGCAUUCUUCAUCAAUGUGUAUAAUGCAUUAGUGAUUCACGGAAAUAUUAAACAAGGACCACCAAAAAACAUGUGGCAGAGAUAUAAAUUUUUCAAUUCUGUAAGUUACGUGAUUGGUGGAGAAGUCUUUACGUUGCAAGAUAUUGAAAAUGGUGUUCUUCGUGGGAACCGAAAAGGCAUCGCUCAGAUAACUAAACCAUUCUCAAAGGGUGAUCCACGUCUUAAGGUUGCACUAGAGGAAGCAGAACCCCUUAUUCAUUUUGCUUUAAACUGUGGAGUCCUCAGUUGCCCUCCCAUCAAGACUUACUCUGCCGAGGAAAUUGACAAAGAGCUGAAGAUUUCAGCUGCAGCUUUUCUUGAUGGUCCUGACAGCUGCCAAGUUGAUAUAUCCAAAAAGGAAGUUCGCCUGAGUCAAAUUUUUAAAUGGUAUAAGGUUGAUUUUGGUGGAACAGAUGAAAAGUUGUUGAAUUGGUUGUUAGAGCAUCUAGGAGAUUCACCAAAGAAGAAAGCACUGAAAGGACUCCUAAGUCAUGGGGACAUCAAAAUUGCCAGUCUUCCAUAUGACUGGUCAACAAAUUCUAAAGACUGAUGACAGGUAGAAGUGGAAGUUAUUAACUGCCUGCAAUGAAUAUUCCAAUCAAGCCACUGCUCUUACUGCAUAUCUUCUGAAAUAUUAACCAAAUCUGUCUCGAAUAGAAAGCUCAAUAUAAGUUUCUCUGGAAAUUAUUCUGAAUUGAUUAUGCUGUUUGUUACAUUACUUGACUUUAAGCCCAGAUUCAAGCUUCAUCAUCAGCAAUGCUACAGCUUUUUGUAAAGUUUGUAUUUUCAACUACUCUUUAGUCUGUCAGGACAAUUGAAAGGGACACUUCUUUUCACUUUGUUUCCUCCCUCUUAGACUGAGAUCUGAAAUUGCAUUUUCUCCAGACAUUUUUUCUCAUUAUCGCCAUUCUCCGAAGAAUGUGUCUGGGAAUAUAGUAACCUUUAGUAAAUGUUCAUCGACUACCAAGGAUUGUAAGAGGGUGCAUUAUAAUUUCUAAAUAUUGUUUUCCUACAUGCUUGUCUUCUGAACCACAAUAAAGUCAGUGCAAAAUAA